CACUCGACUGGAAGACGCAGCUACAGCCCCAUUACACACAGCCAAUACUUAGUGUGCAAGCUAAGAAGCUCCAGUCGUUGUGGGCAGGAUACGGCGCGGUGAACGCGCUAAAAGUCCAGUUCGAUGGCGCGCCGAGCGUGCAAUUGAUAGCGAAAUCGGUGCACCCGCAGCGCUCCUCGGGAAUUUCACAUGAGCGUAAGGUAGCAAGCUACCGCUGCGAAGCGGAGUUCUACAAGCAGCACGCGCCGGCGCUAAUAAAGGCGUCGGGGCUCGGCGUGCCUCGGCCCUUGGUCGUGGAGUCGACGGCACACGGCUGGGAGUUCGUCCUCACAGACCUCAGCAUGGAUUUCCCCGAGUCCUCGGGCUGCCUAGACGACUCGCAGGUCCGCGCGGCUCUGGACUGGCUGGCUGCCUACCACGCCUAUUUCUGGGAGCAGCCCUCAGCACCUGCAGGCCUGCAAGAGCAGGGGUCGUACUGGUACCUGGACACGCGGCGAGACGAGUUUGCGCAGAUCGGCCGCAGCUGGUCUGACCUCAAAGCGGUGGCGGACAAGAUUGACGCGCGGCUCAAGACGUCCAACAAUGAGUUUAUGACCUGCAUCCACGGAGACAUGAAGUCUGAGAACCUGUUGUUCACUUCAGACGGCCGCCGCUGUGCCGCCUAUGACUUCCAGUACACAGGCCGGUCCUACGGCGUGCGGGACAUCGCGUACCUGUUCGCGUCCAGUGUGGACUCCUCCGACCUGGACUCCCGCGCCGACGACUACCUGGCCCACUACCACAGCGCGCUGGCGGCACGGCUGGCGGAGGUCAAGGGGCAGGCGGCGGCCGCCGAGGCCAUCGCGCGCUACCACCCGGCGGUUAUGCGGCGCCACUUUGAUCUGGCGCUGCUGGACUACGUGCGGUUCAUGGCGGGCUGGGGCAUGUGGGGUAGUGGCUGCGAUUGGGCCACAAGGCGAGCACGGGCGUUGCUGGGGCAGGGCGUGGAGCAGCUGCUGCGCGAGUAGCGGGGAAGCUGUGUGGUUUGGGUGGGGGUUUGGGGCGAGGGUGGGGUGAGAGUUGGGGGUGGCGGGUGGGGCAGGUUAAGGCGGUGAGGCGGGUUUGGUUGGGAGGUCUGGAUGGGACAGGGUAAAGGGCAGGGUGGCGUUGUCCCAACGAUCAUAGCGCAUUUCCAGACCCCGUCAUUGAGCAUUUGUAGUGGCGACGGCAAGGCACGAGCGCGUGGCUGGUAGAACGCCGGAGUUACGGAACUGUACCGACCACUCGCUGGCUUGCUGGCUUGUUGAUCCAGGCUGAUCCCGUGACACAGACAGUUUGUUGACGCGCAUUUCUACCUCGCGCUCCGGGCACCCGGCCAGGCGAUAGCACCAGUCACAAGGCACACACACCGCAACGCCGCACGUGUGAAGCGGAGUUGCAGCGCACCUGCAGGCAUGUGACCGAUGAUUGGUUGGGGGGCCUGUGUAACUGUGUUGUGGGUUGUGGCGACUGAUGACAGUCGCUUUACGUUCUGGUACUCUGGUAGUACAUGGCUGGUGGGGUAUUGAGCGUGUCUGUGCGCGAGCGUGGAGCAUGCAUAUAAGAAUGAUUGGAUGAUGUUGCGGAUGAGGUGAGGCAAGGCACGUCAACAUGUAAAGCCCUGUCGGG